CUGGGCCAGGCCAGUCGCCAUGUAGAAUUUUUUGAUGUGGGUGUUGUGUCUUGGGACGUCAAACGCUUCAAUGAUUAUUAUUUUCAAGUGGACAAUAAUUUUAGUGUAAAUCGACAUUUGACUAUUCGGUUAUUGUUAAAAGUGUAUUUGGUGAACAAUUGCUCAUAUUGCUUUGUGAUCGUGAGCCAUCUAAUCUGGUGACGGUAGAUAAUAAACUGGAGGGGAGCUGCUAAAAUACUACGAUAGGAUAGUAACGACGUUUUACAACUCGAGAGCGCUCAUAAAAUUUCUCAUCUCGGUGCGGGCGAGUCGGACUUCCAUUUUGUUUUAUUAUGUGGAUUGGUUGUUUACACUGUGCGUCGUGUUGUGGACAAUGGAAAGCGACGGCAUGCGUUACGCGCAGGAUUAAUGACAAGUGGUAGCGGGCGGUGGUGAUGCAGCGAGCUCACGGGGGCGGCGCCCCGCAUUCGCAGGCCUCCGCCACCGCUCACACUAACGUACGCACACACAACUCUUACGCGGACAUCGAUGAUCAGAUACCUGCUUCCGUGAUAAGUAGUGUGGGCACAGUAAGCCUGUCUCAAUCUUCAACGCACCCCACUACCAAUAUAACGAUGGCCAACCCCACGAACCUGGGCAACGCCAGCAGCAAUGCGCAGCCGGCUGCCCAACAGACACCAACCCAAGCACCCGUACGAAACUUGCCCAAGAAACGGAAGUUUGACCCAUCAGUGCUGGAAGAAAUGAGUUGUGCGAAUAACAACACUGUGAACGCGCCGCUCCCCGUGGAGUACCAGCCGCAGUACCAACAAUCAGUGCUGCAGCCGUCUCCAAUAAUCCAGCGCUCUUCUCCGCCAUCAGAAAUGAAGUCAUACAUCAAUUCUUACCCCAAUAUUGACCUGUCAGAGUGGCGGGACCACAGGGUGCUGGCAAAACAGCGAGGAUUGUACGUUCCUGGAGUGAUUCGUCAGGCUGAGGGUUGUAAAGUGGUAGUGGAGCUCGACGGUCUUGAGAACGAGCCGGUGGAGUACAGUGAUGUGUUUGGUGUGAAUAAGAACGAUGUGAUAAGUGAUGCGAGCCCCCAAAUGAGCCAUCUGCACAUGGGCUCGCUGUGUGUCGUGAGGACUACGGACCCCUGCCGCGAGAAUGUGCAAAAUGUUUUCGUUGAAGGUCUCGUGUACGAAGUGCUUAAUUCUCCUAUAAGGAUUAGAGUUAAGGUAACAGACGGUGAUCUCUGCAAAGAAAUGGUGGAAGUGAAGAGAGCUGAUAUCAGACUGCUGCAGCCUCCUUGGGCGGACGAGCUGGAGGAUGCUGGCACCCACACCUCGUCUUCCAUGCACCCCUCGCUGCGAAUACAUCAUGUCCCUUCUCAGAUGGGUGGCGACAACUUCUACACGUCAUCUCCGAUGCCAGGCGCGGGCGCCGGUGGCGUAGUGACCGUUGGUGCGUUGUCCAAUGGAUCAAUGGACGACUUGCGCAAACGGCAGCCCUUCGACGAUUACGGAGAAAGCGACGACGAUUUGCGACGAGAGGAUAUUAUGUUCCCCGCUGAUGUCUCGCAUAUGGCAGAUUGCAGUAACAGUAAACGCAGCAGUCUUCAAAGCCGAGGCAGCACAUCCAGUUUGCUGGAGAGAAGUCUCACACCAAGAUCCCAGCCUCCUACUCCUAGAUCUCAAGCGGCAACCCCGCACAAAUAUAAAAAAGGGGAUGUGGUGUCCACCCCGACUGGAAUCAGAAAGAAGUUCAACGGUAAGCAGUGGCGCCGUCUCUGCUCCAAGGACGGUUGCACCAAGGAGAGUCAACGGCGGGGCUUCUGUUCCCGACACCUGUCUCUGCGAGGAGUCACGAGAUCCUCCAACACUCCAUUGGCACAGGGAUCUGCUCAUACUCCACAACAAAGGCAAGUUAUUAUAUGUAUACUCGCACUCACACUUCAAUAUCUGUCACAGUCUUCUGCCGAAAGCAGUAGUAAAUCUCUAUCUUCAAGUGGCACAGGAGUUGAAGGCGAUGAGACGUCGCGUGAGUCUGACACCACGCCACCGCACUACCGCGUCACCGGGAGGUUCGAUUCUGAUGAAACCGAGGCUGCUAAUAUGUUAGUAUCACUGGGUAGCUCACGAUCGGGCAGUCCCGGUGCUUCGCCCGUGGGUGGGGGCGGGUCCCCCGGCCUUCGCAAUAAUCUGUUCGUGCCCAUAUCCUCGCCACAGCCGCAGCCUCAUCACCCGGCGGCUUUGUACCACCAUCAUUUAAUAAGGCCUGAAUUAGUCCGACCUAGCCGGGUCAACUCGCCGGUCGGUGGAGUCGCCACGAGCGUCAUCCGAGUGUCGCCAGGCCCUAACUAUCAUUACCAGGUCGAGAACAGAAACGGCCCAACAAUCGUACAGACAAAUAAUGUCUCCCAAUCAAAUGUGAUCGGUGUUCAAACUUCUGGGCUGAACCUGCAAAACACAAUACACACUAGCAUUAAUGCUACAACGACAACUCUAUCCAGCCUCACCCUGCCCUCGAGUAUAUCGCUCAAUCUAAACAACUUGAAUACUCAGAACUUGCAGACAAGCAUUGCAAACACUAUUCGUAAUACAAACGAGCUUGCACACAAUUUAAUAGUACCGAGGACUAUCCCAACGUCAAACGGGAUAGAUGUAGAGCAGAUAUACCGUACGCAGCCCAUCCAUAGGAACGGGAUCCACGAAUCGUACCGUCGCGACACAGAAAUGUCGCCCCCACAGAACAAUCAUGAAAAUUUUCUCAAUAGAAGAGUCUCGGAGUACGACGAAGAUGAUGAUGCUGUGUCGCAGAGAGAAAACAACAUACUCCGCAAUGUUAUUGAUACUCGGCCCCCCGAACUAUCCGAGACUCGCGUAAUGGAGGACAACAAGAGGAUCGUAAAGCCGGCGCCGCUACAGGCUCGCUUUCUGUCGGUCGUGGAGCCCGAUGUGAAGGAUCCUGUGAAGAGGUACUAUGUCACCAUGCUGCCCCAAAGCACGGAUAAGAAGUACGUGUUUAUAAAGAACGAGCCUGCGGAGACUGUGCAAAUAGAGCAGCGGAUAAAUCAUCUGACUCAACAAUUGAACAACAAUGACUCGGAGCCGGAACAUCGAGGCUUAGAUAACGGGGACCACGUGAACAACGUUAACAACAAUGCAGUGAUAGUGCACCCAAACCAGUUGUUACCGGUUUUACCGCCGCCCGCCUCACACACUAUUAUCGUGUCAGGCAACACGUUCCCGUGGCAGUCGCUGGUGCCCCUGCUGAGGUCGCCGGGCCCGGCGCCCCCCGCCGCGCCCCCGGCCGCGCCCCCCUCGCCGCGCACGCCGCGCACCCCGCGCACGCCACACACCCCGCAUACACCCCACACACCACAUACGCCCGCCCCACUCAUCAAGUCUGAGGACCAGAUCAAAACUGAAGCUAACGAUCCUCCGAUGUGCAUGGAUGAAGAUGACGAGGUAUUUGAGUCCGAGGAUUCCGGAGUCGGCGGAGAUGACCCCAAUAAGCGGCCAUCACAGAAUACAUCUGCGCUUAACUCACCAGCUACACAAGAAAAGAAGGAGCGUCGCAUCCGUCGCCCGAUGAACGCAUUCAUGAUCUUCUCGAAGCGUCACCGACAGAUAGUGCAUCAAAUGCACCCCAACCAAGACAACCGCACUGUCAGUAAGAUUCUGGGCGAGUGGUGGUACUCACUCAAACCUGAAGAGAAACAGAAGUACAACGAACUCGCUAGCGAGGUCAAAGAAGCGCAUUUCAAGGCUCACCCAGAAUGGAAAUGGUGCAACAAAGAUAGAAGGAAGUCUUCUAGUAGUAAAGAUCCCACUGGAUCCAUGCCACAGAGCCCUCGAACGCCUUCAGAGGUUGUCACCAGCGGUACUGUCACCAUCAAUGCGGAUCUGCCGGUGCCUGUAGCGUCAUACAACCAUAUGGGGUCUCCGCAGCUCAGCGAAGAUGAGCAAAUGCCAUCACAAACUGAGGAACCUCCGCCGGCGGUGCAAAAUUUGGAGAUUGAUCUGAAGUGCGGAGAGAAGGUGACUGACUCGGACUCUGAAGGGCUGGACACCCGAGACUAUCUGCCAUCGCACCACGACCACACCAGGAGGCCUAAACCUAUUAAAGCUAGAGCUGGUUCUUCGGACAAUCUCCUCGGAGGUAUUACUGCGUCUAGUCCAGGGGGACCUAAAGGAUUCCAGCCGACAGGCGGAGCGUUUAAAUCUACGCACGCUGAUACAAAUGAUAGCCAUAGGCAAUGGACGGCGUUGAGCAAGCAGGGCGGGGGCGGGGGCGGCACGGCCAGCCUGACGCACAGCGUGCAGGGCAUCUCGCUGAGCGCGCCCAGCCUCGCCACGCAGGCCGCGCUCGACACCGCCAUCGCCAACAUCAUCAACUCGCCCACCGCCACCUGCCCCGUCCAGGUCAUAUCAAGUGGUGUAUCUAACACGAUCCAGACGUCAUCAUCUACGCCAUUGACUUCGACGCCGCUAAGUAACCCCGUACUCAAGAGCUUCACCUUCGUCAAACGGAGUAUUGGGGAUAAUUCACCUUGCCCUGGACCCCUGACGCUCUCUCUGGAUGCGUCAGGCAAUCUCCUCCUGAAGCCGAGCCAGUCGACCGACAGUCCUGCCUCCGACCAGUCCAUGCACUGUGUCCAUCUACAGAGGUUAUAUGUACCAACAUUCAAUGCUGAAGUAGAGACACCAAAGAGUAGCAGCCAAAGCUUGCUGAGCGUGCAGCCGGGCCAGUCUGUGAUAGUUUCACAAAGCAACACUAACGCCGCGCUUAAGCCUAACACCCAAUGGGAAACACCAGUGGAAGAGGCGCGGCCAUUCCCUCUCGCACCCACACCGGCACAGCUCGGCCGGGCACCGCUACAGAAGCGUCUCAGUCGAGGAACGUCAACGGGAUCUUGCGGCAGUGGCGAGGCGGGCGCGGAUGGGUCUGGAAGCGGCGCGGGCGCGGGGGGAGCAGGGGCCGCGGGGCCGCGGGGGGAGGCCACGCACACCUCGGAAGACCCCAGCUCGCCAAAGCACGCAGACCUGCCUAGCCCUAACCAGAAGAAGAGCCUCUUCAAGAAACGAAACGAGGAUGGUAGAGACAAGGUGCUAGAGACGGUGAAUUUCGAGCAGAAGUUCAGUACCCUGCCGCAGUUCAAGCCGGAGGCCUGUAGCCCUAGCGCCAUGGUGGUGCCGCGCAGUCCCCAGCUGUACAUGAGGAAGAAACACAACAAAAUGGAGGAAGAAGGCACGGUGGUAACUCCUCAGCUGGAGGCGGAGGUGAUGAACGGGAACGGAAUGCCCACCCCGCACUCGUACGGCACCCCACAUACCACCACCAACAAACUCGUCGGGAACACUUUCUUCGGACCCGACUUCAAUCUCGACACUUAUCGAGUGGGUGGCGAGGGAGUGGAGGAGAUGUCCCCGCGCACGCCGUGCAGCGCGGGCGGGGGCGGCGCGGGCGCGGCGGGCGCGCGCGGCGAGGCAGGACAUCGCCGCGUGCUCGAGGCGCGCCGCCAUCUCGUGCUCAAGCUGUUCCAGGAGCACGGCAUGUUCCCCACCACGCAGGCCACCACGCACUUCCAGGCUACACACAUGGAUAUUUUCCCAACAAAAAUGGCUCUGCAACUGAAGAUUCGAGAAGUGAGACAGAAACUGAUGGCUCAGUCAAAUCUCACUCCUCACUCGGAAGUCAAUACCCCAACUAGUAAUAAAUUCUCCAAUCGCGUCAGCGCCUUUGCAACCGACUUCUACGGCCAGUUAGCGAUGCGGAUACACCAUCUCCAUCAUUGUGCGCCAGUAGGACCACGACACGUUUAGCAGUUGACGGUAUACAGACACACAGACACCUACUAGUGAUAUCGCCGAACACAUACACGGAAAUCUGUCAACGUCUAAACCCAACCAGUGUUUGUUCUUAUGAUGGAGUCAUGGCAUACUGAUUAAUGCAAAAGCAUUUACUACAGUGAUUAGAUUAAUGUAUAGCUACUCGUUUAUAGUAUUUUAUUACUAUUAUGAAGUACUUUUUAAUUAAUAAAAGUUUAAAAAAUCACAAAAAUUAAUUGAUAAUGUUAAGUCCGUGAGAAUUGGCGAUGCAUGGUCUAAUUGAUUUGUUGAUUUAAAAUUGUAUGUUUAAAGUAGUUUUUAUCUGAAACUAACUGGUACUAAUGAAUGGAUUGUUCCCUUUUCCAUAGUAUAUUGAUGUUAACCAAUGUGGAUCCAUUUGUAGAUGUGCGCUAGUCGGCCAGGCGCUCGCAGCUAACUAGACUCACGCCGGCGCCCAGUGCCACAACUAAUUAUGUGAAAAGGCAAUGAGACAGUAUGAGAUAUCCAUAUCUAUAGAGUUGUACAUUACAAGUUAUACAAAAAAGCAAAAAAAAAAACAAAAAAAUCUGACUUCGUUCUUGUGAGGAUCCUCUGGAGUCAAAUUGUAUGAAACAUUAUUGUAGUUAGUUUUCAGCUAUAUAAUAUGGCGUUAGAGUGACCUCAGGCGCAUAGGGACAUAUCUAUAUUCGCUUUUAUUGGUUAUGUUACACAUCGUCAUUAUGGGCACGAUCUCAAACCUUAUUUUGUAUUUAAGUAAUUUUGUUGGUGAGUGUUGUGUGACUGGGAAUGUGUUGUUGCAAAACAGCUUCUUUACUUUGGGCUUUACAUCGAAAAUAACCGUUUGGAUUUUAUGUAUAUACAAUUUUGGGUCUAAAGUCCUAUGAUUGAAUUUAUUUAGUUUGUUUUAGAUGCUCAAUAGUUUUGUUAUCAUCUCGGUAUGGUGUAUGCGUAAUGGUAGAAAGUUUAUUGAAGGUAUUGUAAUCAUAUAGUACUUAUAUCUACUUCAUUGUUGGCAAAUGUAUGCCGUGAUCAAGUUGAGUUUCGUUGCAAUAUUUAAAUCGAUAUAUUAGAAAUGAUAUAUACAUAUAUAUUUUAGAGAAUCAUAUAUUAAGCUUAUAUAGUACAUAUACUCCACAUUUGUACGUUUAUCCGGAGUGCAUAUAAUGUUUUGUUUUAAUACCUUCCCUCGAGAUGAGCGAGUUGCGUGUUAGAAUGUCUUAUGGGAAUUAGUUUUGUUAUUAAGUUGUAAUUGAGAGGUCUCUUAUCGAUAGUAUUUGUACUGGUAUUUACUAAAGUUAAUCACUUGCAAUCAGAUCGAUAUGUAUAAUUGAAUCAUAAAUCACCGUGAUGUUUAUAAAUGCAUUUACGAAAGUAUUGUAUGUACAUCGGGUUGUAGUAAGAUAGAGACCUUUGUGUGUGUCAGUGAUAUGUCUUGCAACACAUAGUGAGAGUGUCGAGCGUUGUAUGAACUUGAUACUUGUUAAGUGAGGUUGGAGCAAGGAACUUUGGUGCGAACAUUUUACACAGUCGUUCAAGUCUCUAUUAUUUUGUAUUGUUUUCUAUUUACGUUGUGAUGUUGGUCUUCCAAGUGUUUCAAAUUCAUUUUAUUAGAUUUAUAUCUACUUAUUUAAUUAUGUUUAAUGAUGUACGUUGUACGGUGGUUUAUCAAGAGAGUCGGUGAGUGUUGUGUACGCCGAGUGACACUGAAUGUGAACAUUUUAAUAGUUAGACAGUCUGUCAGUAAGAUUGAAGUAGCGAUCCAUUUUGAAAACAUAAUGCUAUCGUUUACAAAAAUAGCUCAAAUCUGUAACGACACUAGAUAAAUCAAUAUUUAUACACUAUAAAUCUCAUUGUAAAUAUUAGUCGUAUUGUAUACUAGCACUAAGUAUUCCUGGCUCUCAAAGUAAUUAAGGUUUUAUUUAGAUAAUACUAAUUAUAUUAUAGAUAAAAAAUAUAAAUAUAUAAUUUAUACAUGUGAAAUUUCGGCCAAUACAAAUGUUAUGUAUUAUAUCAAAAUUGUAUUUUUUAAAUGAUCUCUUCGACGUUAAUAGUAUUUAGAUAAUUGCUUUAGGAGUCCGGAAGUGAAAUGAAUUUAUUAAAAGUAUAAAAUUUAAGAGAUAUUUUCGCACGGUUAAAUAUUGUAUCUCGAUAGGCAAGUAGACGGGUCCGGUACCAAAGCUCGUCAGUUUGUCGUAAUGUGAUUACUUGAAAUGUAGCGCCGUAGCGUGUACCUUGUCGGUCUCGUGUCUUACAAGCUGCCAAUGUGGAACUUGCGGGAUUUGGUACGUACUCCGCGUAGUCAAUUUAUCAUAAUCGUGAUUGUUGUCAUAUAUUUUAACUCGUAAAUAAAUAAUACAACUGUUGUUACCAGUAAGUAGUAAUGUACACACAUAUGUUCGUCCCUAAUUUGAAUUAGUUAUUCGAACUAGCCGCUGUGUGGGGUCACGUGACUCCUCUAUUUAUGUUAGCGAUGAGGGAAGCAGGGUAAUUAAUUCAAAGUAAGGGCAAGCUAUAGGCCUCUUUUAUUAAUCAGUGAAUUAUAACUUUCAACUCUGAAUAAUACUAUAUAAAUGUAAUACGAAACUAUAUUUACUAAUCAAUGUUUAAAUAUCUUCUUGUGGCAGACGAAUAUCAUCCCGAUUCAUAGUGAAUAUUUUGAUUUUCUUUCGAGCAUCGAGCUUUCAGUUGCGAAACGAUUAUGAUUCGAUUAUUUUAACGAAAUUAUUUUGUAGGUCAUAAAAACAUAAUUUUAAUUUUUCACAUGCACUAUUUUGACGUAUAUGUUUUCAUAAAAUUUCAUAGAUUCUACUGUAAUAACAAUUUUAAUGAAUAUUAUACGAUUGUACGUUUUUUAAAAUAAAUAGUAAAGUUACGUAAAAUAAAGUUUGCAUUUAGUACCUAUCUCAAAUGAAUUGAUUUUAUGGAACUUUUAUGAAAGCAUACAUGGGGAAUUUAUUUACACACACUUUUGUUGCAAUGCCUUAUAAAUAUUAUAAAAUACAAGUUUUCCUCCGUGGUUUAUGAUUGUGAUGGUUUAUACAAAAUGUUUCAAUUUGUUUUUAAACUGUCCAUGUUAUGUUUAAGUUUGCUUCUUAUUGUAAUAUUUCAGGUUUUGAUGCUAAGUUCAGUUCCGAGUGAAUGUCUUUUAAGUGUGUUGUAGUAAUAACAAAUAUGAAAAAUCUUAAUAGCUGCAUAUUUCUUGUGCCUUAUUGACUUUCAAAACUUAGCCCAGAUCUUUGCAUCACUGGUGUAGAAAUGCUUCAAGCAACUUUCUUCUAGGCUUUGUCAGUCAAUAA